UCGUCGCUCAUCAGCGAUCAGAUUUCAAGCUGUUUAGCUCGGACCUUGUUCGAUUGAACGUUAUCUCACGACGACAUCGCGCGUUAACGAAAAGUGAUUGACAUUAUCCCCAUAAGCUCUGCGCGCGCAUCUUAACACAAGGCUGUUAGGUCCGGUUUUUACGCACGGUGCUUUUGGCUUGAUUUGGUGAACUCAGCCGGGGAAAAAACUGAUUCAUGAGAAGAUAGAGCGUUCAUUUUCAUCUUCUGUGAGGGACCUGGCUUUUUUUCAUAACCCAAGGACUGAGUCUUUGGUUCAGGAAUUAUGAUUCUUCGGGGAUGCCACCUAGGGCUAGCCCUUUUAUUUUUGUGCGCCUUCGCCAUCGAGCCAGAUGAACAGGUGGAAGACGUGACAGUUUUCGACCUGUUUGAAGCCAGCGGAAUCACGCGUAGAACCAUCGGUGCGAAACUUUUCAAGGGCCUGGACACCGAUUCCCCGGCCUACCGUUUCUUGCGCUUUGAUCACCUCCCAGCUAUUACUUCUAAGACCUUACAGCAGCUACUACUGCAGAUUCAGAAUAAUGAAGGGUUCAUUUUGACGGCGACCCUGCGUCAGGACCGCACAUCUCGCGGCACCAUUCUGUCCCUCGAAGGUCCCGGAGAGCGGAGGCAGUUUGAGAUCGUUUCCGAUGGACGGACGAACACGCUGGAUUUGGUUUAUUGGUGGGCUGACGGCUCGCGCAAUGUCAUCUCAUUUGAGGACGUAGACCUUUCAGAUUCGCAAUGGAAAAACGUAACGCUUCACGUGCACGGAGAAACAGCCACCUUGUAUGUAGGAUGCGGACUGAUUGACAGCUUCAUUCUCGAUGAGCCUUUCUAUGAGUAUUUGAGCGCACCUGGCGGACGUAUGUUCGUUGCCAAAGGAUCCACCCGCGAAACUCAUUUUAGGGGCUUGCUGCAGAAUGUGCAGUUUAUUUUUGACACCCUUCUCGAGGACGUGUUGGAGAGCCGGGGUUGUGAGCUGGAAAACCCAGAGGAGGUAAACACAGUGAGCGAGAGUGCUGAACAGCUGGAUGUGACCUCUUCGAUUGCCACUAAUGUGAUUGGUCUGAAUACGGAUGCCCCUGCGACCAGCUCCACAGAGAUGAUGUGCGAGCGCUCCUGCGAGGAGCUUGCCAACCUCUUCCAGGAGCUCAAGGGCCUCCGUGUGGUUGUCAGUAACCUCAUUGAUGGCUUGCAGAAAGUGACUGAGGAGAACACUGCCAUGCGGGAGGCCCUCAAUAAGAUGCAGGACCCAGUGGAGCAGAGUAUGUGCUGGCAGGAUGGGCGAAUGUUUGAAAACCAGGAGGACUGGAUUGUGGACAGCUGUACACAAUGCACAUGCCAGGGGGGUAAAGUGGUCUGUCGGCAGAUCACCUGUCCUCCAGUGGCCUGUGCCAAUCCAUCCUUCAUCGAUGGAGAAUGCUGUCCAGUUUGUCUUCCAAUGGACAGUGAAGACGGCUGGUCCCCAUGGUCCGAGUGGACCCAGUGUACGGUCACCUGUGGCAGUGGCACUCAGCAACGAGGCCGUUCAUGUGACGACACCAGCAACACGUGCUCUGGGCCCUCCAUCCAGACUCGCAGGUGCAGCCUGGGAAAAUGUGACCGCAGAGUUCGUCAGGAUGGAGGCUGGAGUCUGUGGUCUCCAUGGUCCUCCUGCUCUGUGACUUGUGGAGAAGGGGUGAUCACACGCAUCCGUCAUUGCAAUGCCCCCAUUCCUCAGCGAGGAGGCAAAGACUGUGAAGGUGAAGGAAGAGAGACACAGAGCUGCCUGGCCGAGCCCUGCCCAAUUGAUGGUGGCUGGGGCCCAUGGUCACCCUGGGCAACCUGCUCAGCAACAUGUGGUGGUGGUCUGAAGAGUCGAGUGAGAGAGUGUAACAGCCCCACUCCACUGCACGGGGGCAGGAAAUGUCUGGGCGAUGCUACUGACAACGAGGUCUGCAACAAACUGGAGUGCCCCAUCAACGGCUGUCUCUCCAACCCGUGCUUUGCUGGUGUGGAGUGCAGUAGCGAUGCUGAUGGCUCCUGGGAAUGUGGACCCUGUCCGGCAGGCUACCGUGGCAAUGGAAUCUCUUGUAAAGAUGUGAAUGAGUGUGAUAUGGUGUCAGAUGUGUGUCAUAAAGUGGGGGGCCUCCAUCAGUGUGUGAAUACGGAUCCAGGAUUCCAUUGCCUCCCCUGCCCCCCACGCUACAGAGGUACUCAGCCGUACGGCAUGGGGGUAGAAUCAGCAAAAAGCAACAAACAGGUGUGUGAACCUUAUAACCCAUGUAAGGACAACACCCACAGCUGCCAUAAGAAUGCUGAGUGUAUCUUCCUUAGCCAUGUCACAGAGCCCAUGUACAAGUGUGAGUGCCGUACUGGCUACGCCGGCGAUGGCAUUAUCUGUGGAGAGGACUUUGAUCUGGAUGGAUGGCCCAAUCAGGACUUGGUGUGUGGAGCCAAUGCCACCUACCACUGCAAAAAGGACAACUGCCCUACCCUUCCUAACUCUGGUCAAGAAGACUUUGACAACGAUGGACAGGGAGAUGCCUGUGAUAAAGAUGAUGACAACGAUGAGAUCAUGGAUGAAAGGGACAACUGUCCGCUGAUGUACAACCCUCGGCAGUAUGACUAUGAUAAGGACACAGUGGGUGAUCGAUGUGACAACUGCCCAUAUGAGCACAAUCCCGCACAGACUGACACAGAUAACAACGGGGAAGGAGAUGCUUGUUCCAUUGAUAUAGAUGGAGAUGAGAUUCUGAAUGAGAAAGACAACUGUCCCCUUGUGUAUAACACUGAUCAAAAAGACACAGAUUUGGAUGGGGUUGGGGACCAGUGCGAUAACUGUCCACUGAUACACAACCCACAACAGACUGAUAUAGAUAAUGAUCUCAUUGGAGACCAGUGCGAUAAUAACCAGGACAUAGAUGAGGAUGGUCAUCAGAAUAACAUGGAUAACUGUCCCUACAUUCCAAAUGCCAACCAAGCAGACCAUGACAACGAUAGCAAAGGGGACGCCUGCGAUCAUGAUGAUGACAAUGAUGGAAUUCCUGAUGAUCGGGACAACUGCAGACUGGUGCCUAACACAGAUCAGCUGGACUUAGAUGGCGACGGUCGUGGGGAUGCCUGCAAAGACGACUUUGACAAUGACAACAUUCCCGACCUCUUUGAUGCAUGCCCAGAGAACAAUGCCAUCACAGUCACAGACUUCAGGAAAUUUCAGAUGGUCCAUCUGGAUCCUAAAGGGACCAUUCAAAUUGACCCUAACUGGGUUGUCCGAAACCAGGGCAGGGAGCUGGUCCAGACGGCUAACUCCGACCCUGGCAUUGCAGUCGGCUAUGAUGAGUUCAGUGCGGUGGACUUCAGUGGAACCUUCUAUGUGAACACGGACCGGGAUGAUGAUUAUGCCGGCUUUGUGUUCGGCUAUCAGUCCAGCCGUCGCUUUUACGUAGUGAUGUGGAAACAGAUAACGCAGACUUAUUGGGAGGAGAAGCCUUCGAAGGCCUUUGGAAUUUCUGGGGUGUCACUCAAAGUGGUGAACUCCAGCACGGGCACUGGAGAGAAUCUGCGCAAUGCUCUCUGGCACACAGGCAACACCAAAGGCCAGGUCCGAACACUUUGGCAUGAUCCAAAGAACAUCGGCUGGAAGGACUACACUGCUUACCGCUGGCACCUCAUUCAUAGGCCCAAGACUGGAUUCAUCAGGGUGGUUGUGUAUGAGGGGAAGCAGAUCAUGGCAGACUCUGGACCUAUUUAUGACAAGACAUUUGCUGGCGGUAGACUAGGGUUGUUUGUCUUCUCUCAGGAACUCGUCUUCUUCUCUGACCUUAAAUAUGAAUGCAGAGACAACUGAUUUUGAUGUGGAAGCAUCAUCUACCAUUGAUCUAAACCUAAACAUCAACUUCAGAACUAGACUGGUGUUUUCUAAAUGUAAUUCUGACAAAAGAACAUUAAGCAUAGUCUUCUGAGGAGCUGUCUAGGUACUUUUCACUUUAAUGGAAUGCACAGAUUCACAGACUUUGAGUGGUCCUGACAGUGGAGCUGACUUUGAGGUGACUUUGACACUCAAAAUAAGAGGUUAGGAGAUCUUAUUUCUUCAACUGCCCUCUCUGCUUUGUUGCACAAAUAUUCUUAAUACUAAAUUGAGUCCUGUCUUCUUGAAUAUAAACCUGAGGGUUUGAAUAUUAGCAUUUUUGUCAUGUAGUCAUGUAGUCUUUCAUGUGUUAUAUUAGUCAGUUUAAAAAGUAGUUUCAAUACAGGUGGUAACUGGGGAAGAUGUACGAUAUUUAGAAUAAUACUAUUUCUACUGUAACUUAUUUGUCUUGUUUUUGUGCAAUUUCAUGAAUUAACAAUUUGUUUUGCUUUUGCCAAUGAUGUAAAUACUUAUUUAUUU